UGUUUCAGCGUCAUAAUGAGGAAAUGAAAGUUAAAGAAUCUCACAGUUACUGGAGAGGAAAGAAAAGAAAGACAGGUGGCUUCUUCAAACCUUUUAAAAGACCUGCACAAGUCUUAUAUACACACAGACAUGUCUUCUGCCAGCAGUCUCCUCUCUGAAGAUCAGUUUCUGUGCUCCAUCUGUCUGGAUGUGUUCACUCAUCCAGUCACCAUACCAUGUGGACAUAACUUCUGCAAGAACUGCAUCACAGAACACUGGAAUAUUAAUUCACAGAGUCAGUGUCCCGUGUGUAAAGAGCUUUUUGAAAGAAAACCUGAAUUGAGGGUCAACACAAUCAUAUGUGAGAUGGCUGCUCAGUUCAGACAGUCAACUGUCAUAAAAAGCAGCAACUGCUCAGAACAACAACAAGCAAAGACAGAAGAAGUUCUUUGUGACGUCUGCACUGAAACCAAACUGAAGGCUGUUAAGUCCUGCCUGGUGUGUCUGACCUCCUACUGUGAAACUCACCUGGAGCUUCACCAGAAAAUCACAGUGAUGACCAGACAUAAGCUGAUUGAUCCUGUGAAGAACCUGGAAGACAGAAUGUGUAAAAAGCAUGAUCGACCUCUGGAUCUGUUCUGCAAGACUGAUCAGAUGUGUGUGUGUCUUUCCUGUGCUGAGACAGAUCACAAGCUUCAUCACAUUAUUCCUUUAAUAGAAGAAUGUGAGGUAAGAAAGGCUGAUCUGGGAAAGAAAGAAGUUGAAGUUCAGCAGAUGAUCCAGGAGAGACAACUGAAGAUUGAGCAGAUCAAACAGUCAGUGAAACUCAGCAAGGAAGAUGCAGACAGAGAGACAGCAGCCAGUGUGCAGGUCUUCAAUGAUCUGAUAAAGUCUGUUGAGAGAAGUCUGGCUGAACUUAUUGCGAUGAUUGAAGAGAAACAGAAAGCAACAGAGAAACAGGCUGAAGGCUUAAUCAAAGAACUGGAAGAAGAAAUCUCUGUGCUGAUGAAGAGAAGUGCUGAAGUGGAGCACCUCUCACACAAUGAAGACCACCUCCAGUUCCUUCAAAAGUUCUCAUUCCUGAACCCUGCUCCACCCACCAAAGACUGGACAGAGGUUACAGUUCAAUCGUUAUAUAAGGAAACUGUGAAGAGAGUUGUGGAUCAGCUGGAGGAGAUACUUAGUAAAGAGAUGAAGAACAUGUGUGCUGCUGUCAAGCUGAAGAAGAUCCAGCAGUAUGCAGUGGAUGUGACUCUUGAUCCUGAUACAGCACAUCCCAAUCUCAUCCUGUCUGAUGAUAGGAAACAAGUCAGUCAUGGUGAUGUAAAACAGAAUCUUCCAGACAACCCAGAAAGAUAUUCUCAUUCUUUGGCCGUCUUAGGAAAGCAAAGUUUCUCUUCAGGAAGAUUUUACUAUGAGGUUCAAGUUAAAGACAAGACUGAUUGGACUAUUGGAGUGGUUAGAGGGUCAAUUAACAAGAAGGGACACAUCAGCCUGUGCCCUGCAAAUGGCUACUGGACUAUAUGUCUGAGAAAUGGAUGUGACUAUAAAGCUUUUGAUGACACCCGUGUUCCUCUCUCUCUGAAGUUGAAGCCUCAGAAGGUAGGGGUGUUUGUGGAUUAUGAGGAGGGUCUGGUCUCUUUCUACAAAGUAGAUGCGGCAGCUCUUAUCUACUCCUUUACUGGCUGUAAAUUAAUGGAGGAACUCUGCCUGAUCUUUGGUCCUCGUACUAAUAAUGGUGGUAAAAACUCUGCACCCCUGAUCAUCUCUCCUGUCAAUCACACUGAUUAGAUGAGACAAGAAGAGUGUAUUUGUA